CUCUCUCGUUCUCGCGAGAUCACACCAGUGGCCAUCUUGGAUAUUGACUUCCUGAAGCUGCAUCUCCACUCAAAACAAACGUCAUACCUUUAACUUCUGCGUAAGCAGAAGAACGUCUUUGAGGAUAGUCACUCACCAGAGCAGUAGUCUUUACUGUUGGCUGCAACCUUCCAGGGAGACAAGUUCUCCGGUAGAUCACUAGACAUGUCUCAGCUACUUGAGGAGGGGGAAAAGCCACCAGCUCCACCUGUGAGACAUGAGAGCACCAGAGAGACUUCAUUGUCUCAAGAAUAUAAACCACUUCCAAGAGAACCAGAUGAGAGAAAGAAGUCAAAAACCCCUAAAGGUGGUAAGCAGGUUAAAGUGCCAAAUGACAAACCAGUCAUUUCACCUCCCUCCAACUUCGAGCAUACAGUCCAUGUUGGAUUUGAUCCUCACACUGGCGAGUUCACAGGUAUGCCAGAAUCAUGGGCAAAACUGCUGCAGUCUGCCAACAUCUCCAAGUCAGAACAAAAGCAGAACCCUCAGGCUGUGUUGGAUGUGCUGAAUUAUUAUGAUACAUCUUCCAAGGAGCGACGCGAGUCCAAGUACAUGCUGAAUCUCAAGCCAUCAAGUGGCAAUUCCUCCAAAUCUAAUAUCUCUGAUAAAGUGUCACCAACAGUCAUUCUUAACCAGAACAACCAAGAGCAGAAGGCAGUAGCAGCAUCAGGAGAAGAGGAGGAUGAAGAAGAGCCGCCACCUCCACCAAUAGCAGCCAGGCCCGAUAAAACAAAGUCCAUCUAUACCAAGCCUAUUGACCAGGAAGACAAGAGUGGAGAAGGCGGCCCAGACAAUAAGACUGAAAAGCCAAAGAAGAAGAUGACAGAUGAAGAAAUCAUGGAAAAACUGCGCACUAUUGUGUCUAUAGGUGAUCCAAACAGAAAAUACACCAAGAUGGAGAAAAUUGGACAGGGAGCAUCAGGAACAGUCUUCAUCGCUAUUGAGGUUGCGACUGGCCGAGAGGUGGCCAUCAAGACCAUGAACCUGUCUCAGCAACCCAAAAAGGAGCUUAUCAUCAAUGAGAUCCUGGUCAUAGGGAAAACCAGAACCAAUAUUGUAAAUUACCUUGACAGUUACCUUGUGGCGAGGAAUUGUGUAGUGAUGGAGUUUUUAGCUGGUGGCUCCCUGACAGAUGUGGUGACAGAGACUUGUAUGGAUGAAGGACAAAUAGCAGCCGUGUGCAGAGAGUGUUUGCAGGCCCUGGAGUUCUUGCAUGAAAACCAAGUUAUUCACAGAGACAUUAAGAGUGACAAUAUCCUGCUGGGCAUGGAUGGCAGUGUUAAACUAACUGACUUCGGGUUCUGUGCCCAGCUGUCUCCAGAGCAGUCCAAGCGAUCCACAAUGGUAGGCACACCUUACUGGAUGGCACCUGAAGUAGUAACCAGAAAGCAGUAUGGCCCGACUGUUGACAUCUGGAGCUUGGGUGUGAUGUGUAUUGAAAUGAUUGAAGGCGAGCCACCAUAUCUAAACGAAAAUCCUCUAAGGGCCCUGUACCUAAUUGCAACUAAUGGGAAACCGGAGAUCAAAGAGAAGCACAAAUUAUCACCUGUCUUCCAGGACUUUCUGGAUAAGUGCCUUGAGGUGGAUGUGGAGAAACGAGCAAGUGCAUCAGAACUUCUCAAGCAUCCAUUCUUGAGACUAGCAAAGCCCCUCGCCAGUCUUGUGCCACUCAUCCUUGCUGCAAAAGAAGCACAGAAAGGUCACUGAGUGCAGCCCAGGUUCUAACCAGGUACAGAAAGGUCACUUGCUGCAACCUUUUAAGACUGACAAUAUGAUGGAGACUAAUGGAGGGUCUGGAAGGUUGAGACCAUAUACUUGGAGAAGCAGAGAGAGAAUCUGUUCAGAGACCAGAUGUGAUGUGAGCAGAAACAGAUGUGAUGUCAUGCAUGCAUUUUGUCCUUCAUUCUUCUUCAUCUACUUACCUCUUCAGUUACUUUCUGGCCCACCAUUACUGCUUGGUGGCAUUUCAGUUUGGUUGUGACUGGAUUCUGGAAUACUGAUCUGCAGAGGAUAUCACCAGGUAAUGAGAAGUCUUAGAACUUGCAUCACUGUCCUCCAGGGUAUCACCAAGUGAUGUGGAGUUGUAGAACUUGCAUUGCCUUUUCUCGUGUUAUUGUCACGGAAUGUGGAGUUAUACAACUUGCAUCGGCAUUGCCUAGGAAGAAGGACAAAGAGUUUUUAGUCUCAAGCCUGUGUGAUGAUGAUAUACUGAGGAGUGAAGUCGGAUCAAGGUGCUGUUUUGUUUGCUUCCCCCUGCUCUUCCAGUUACAGCUGCCCAGAGAUGCUGUGCAUUUUGCAGGACAUUUUUUUAUUCUGUCUGAAACAUCAGCGAUCUGCUUUUGUCCUGAAAUAAUGGAUACCUGUACCUUUUUGUUUCAUCUUCAACCCACUGUGUCCAAGCAAAGUUAAGAAAGUAAGAUUGACUAGGUAUGCAAAAUAGGACUUUUUAUGGUGGUAAUAUGACUUUUUUCCCUAAUGUACACGAGCAAAGCUUGUUAAAUUCAUGUUAAAUGAAUAUGGAAAUAGUUGUUAUUGUCUGAUUUAUGACAAUAUUAUGAACAUAUUAAGACCCUAUUCUACCACGUUUCACGGGGAAUUUUUGUGGUCUCAUCUAAAGAAGACAGGCACAACAAGCUUAGGCUAAUGUGAGUGAAUGACAUCUUGCAGGACUGUGUGAAUGACUGUGACAUCUUGCAGGACUAUGUGAGUGAGUGACAUCUUGCAGGACUGUACUAUCCACAAGCUCCAGGAGGUUUGAUUGAAGGGGGUGGGAAACAUCCUUGGCAGCUUUGUGGAAUCCCUAAGCAAGAUAUGAUUUAACUGCUCAGAUGUAGAAUACAGACAUGUAAUUUGCUUAAUUUUGUAUGUUAAGAAGGUCUAGACAACACUUCUCUCUUAGGCAAUAUCAAAUGUUUUGUUGGUGGGUGUGUGUGAGAGUGAAUGAGAGAGAAAAGCAAAACACAAGGUUGGGUUGGUUACUAUGAAUGAACCCUAUUUUAAAGUGUAAUACUUUGAAGAUUUCAGCAUUUUUAAAGUCAACUGGUUUUUUUUGUACAGAAAAAUGGGUUUAUUAUAUGAAGGAUGUUUUUUGGUUGUUACAUUGGGGGAAAUAAGGUCACUUGCCAGACAAGGGCCUUGAGAUGAAUCAGGCAAGUGAUGAAGUUUCUGUGGAUGACCUGCAUGCAUUAGCCAUACAUAUACUGCAGAUUUGUGACUGAGUUUGGAAUAUAUGUGGCAUUACCAUUUGUGAAGACCAGUCAUGUUGCAAAAGCCAAAAAUGGAGGUAAGGCCAGUUACUGCUGCUGCGCUGCUGAUAGACUGCUAUUGAACCGACAGGGUGGCUAUUGAAGCAGCAAGUCAGGGGAUAUUACUCUUACAUGCAUGUCAGCAUUUGAACUGGUGAUUGCUUUAGGAGUCAUGUUUGUGUGUUGGUUUUUUUUUUUGGUCAAUUUUUGAAAUGUCUAUGGAGGAAUCACCCAUUUUGUGGUUUGUGUUUCAUUAGGAAGCCAACGAUGCUUUGGAUAUGGUGAGUUGGUGUGAUACCAAUUAUGUUUGAGAACAGUGUUCUAAAAAUUUCAUGGUGUUAUGAAGUGCAUGUUACAGAAGGGGUGAGGGGAGAGUUGGAUGCUGUUGUGUGCAUGUAUUCUGUUAUUUUGAAAUAAUGUACAUAAGCAUGCCAAUUAGUUAGCAACUGUGUAUUUAAACAGUGAAACACUAUGCAUCCUCCUCUUUCUCAAUCUCAUUGUGCUCAUGCAGAAACGUAUGCAUUUCAGGCACAUGUGUUUUUCAGUUUGUAUCCAUAUUUCAUUGCUAAAUAUUGCCAUUCAUACAGUCAUAUUAUUUUAGAAUAGCGAGACUUUCUUACAGCCAGAUUUAAAAAAUAAUAGUUCAGAAGGGUAUGGAGAAUUUUUUCUGAAGCACAGCACUGCAGGUACUUGCAUAAUUGGUUUGGUGUAUUAGUGUGCAUGCGCUUUGGAUUUUUUUUUUUUUAAUUUGAGAACUGUGUAAAUCUACACUUGAAAAUUUGCUCUGAAAGUGGUGUAGUGAGAUGGAGGCAGAGGAACUGUUUGUGAAUGAGAGAAUUUCUAGGCGGAGAAACUGUUUGUGAGAUAAUUUCUAUGUGGAGGAACUGUUUGUGAGGCAUUUUUGUAGAUCAUUUUGGUCUGUUUGGAAAUGCAUUUGCUCUUUCUCUUAGUGAAUUUAGGUGGUAAUGAGCUAAAUAUUUCAAAGUAUACAAAGAAUUCUUACAUCUCAAAGCAUGGACAUUUUAGAUACAGUCAAAUCUCACUACUAUGCCACCUACCUGGGACUGAGCAAAAGUGGCAUAGUAGUGAGAGUGGCAUAGUAACGAGGGUUCGUAAAAAACGGCUUUAUUUGUUCAAGUUACCCGUCAGUC